AUGGAGAGAAUUAUGCUUUGGAAUUAUUUAAGGAAUUUGAGUAGUAAUAUAAAUGAUCCAUGGAUAGUAGGAGGGGAUUUUAAUGUAAUAAGGCAUGCAGAAGAGAAACUUAUAGGUUUACCUGUGACUUUUGAAGAAUCAGAGGACUUUAGCCACUGCAUAGCAACUGUAAUCUGGAUAAAAUUGCUUUUAAAGGGAAUGAAAAAAAUACUGGUAAAAGUACCAACAUUGGAGAAAGUAAAGGCUGCAGUGAUGAGACUGAAUAGAAACAAUGCUGAAGGUCCAGAUUGUAUAACUGGUGCUUUCUUUCAGGAUGCUUGGGAAAUAAUAGCUACUGAUCUUCAUCAAAUGGUUAUAGACUUUUUCUGUGGAUAUGAAAUCCCAAGGAUUAUUCAUGAAAGACUUAAGUGUAUGUUGCCAGAUAUAGUAUCUGAGGAACAAGCUGGAUUUUUUCAUGGAAGAAGUAUAGCUGAGAAUAUUUUGGUAGUACAGGAAAUAGUUUCUGAAAUCAGAAAAAGAGGGAAACCGCCAAAUAUGGUCAUAAAAUUGGAUAUGAUGAAAGCUUACGAUAGGGUGGAGUGGCCUAAAGAAUUCUUUAAAUCUUCUAGAGGGCUGAAACAAGGGGAUCCUCUGUCUCCUACUUUGUUUAUCAUUGUAGCAGAAGUGCUUUCAAGAAGUCUAAAAGAAUUAUUGACUUUGAAGAACUUUAAAUUGUUUGGCAUGCCUAGAGGAAGUCCUAAGCUGAACCAUUUUGCCUUUGCAAAUGAUAUGAAUAUCAUGUGUAAAGCAGAGUUAGGGACUUUACAACUAUUGAAAACUACUUUGGAGAAAUAUGAGUUAGUGUCAGGGCAGAGAAUUAUCAAGGAGAAGAGUGCUUUAUAUUUUCAUGACAAUAUGUCUAAUGGAGCAGUUAUUCUGGCAAAAGUGGCUACAGGAAUACUUAGGAAGGAUUUCCCUUUUAAUUAUCUUGGAUGUCCAGUGUUUUAUAAGAGGAAGAAGAAGUAG